AACCCGGUUAUUAUGAAUAUUUUUGACCGGAACAGCAGAUGUCGCUGUUGCUUGGUUUAGCGUGGAUGGUUUAAAGUACCGACAUUACAAGUAAUCCCUCUCUGGCGCCCAUGUCAAGCAUCCGAGCCAUAGCUGCUGGUUUCUCCCUAAUAGCCGUGGCAAGGAGCAUGAGCACCGCAGCUGGGUCUUCGGAGGGUCCGGGACUGUGCCUAGGCGGCACUGCUGGCACUCGGUCAGGGAGCCCUCCUCGCUUGCUUCGACUAACUGAUGUUCCCGGGUAUGAGGCGCACCGAGUGAACGAUGUGUUGCUACUGAGGCCAGCUGGAGCCGAGAGCCCGUGCGGCUCUGACACAGAGGCCGCCGAGGAUGGGAGUGAGCACGUAGUGUUCUUCCCAGGAGACAUCCAGAACUUUCAGCAGGAGAUGGUUCUCCAGCCGGAGGGGGCCCAGUACCAGGGCUGGAGCCUGGAGAGGGUGGCCCUGAUCCUGGGCCGGCGCUUCCCCGGCCGCCACGUGUGGGUGGUGCGGGCGUCCUGCAUGUACCUGCACAAGUUCAGCUGCUACCAUAACUUCGUGGAGAGCAACAUGUUCGGGGCGCCCGAGCACUCGGCCGACUACGGGGCCCUCCGCCACCUGAGGGCGCUGCUGAGCCACGGCAUGGAGCGGGCCGGCCUGCUGCCCCCCGGGGGGGCCUCCUCCUCGCCCUUCCCCCCGCCGGGCUUCUCCCUGGCCCUGGUGGGCUUCAGCAAGGGCUGCGUGGUGCUCAACCAGAUGGUGUACGAGCUGGCGGGCGCCAGGGCCGACCCCCUGCUGGGGCCCUUCGUGGGCAGCGUGACGGACAUGUUCUGGCUGGACGGGGGCCACCCCGGGGGCAGCGAGACCUGGGUGACGGACCGGCGGGCCCUGCGCGAGCUGGCGGCCAGCGGGGCCGCUCUACACGCCCACGUGACCCCCUACGAGGUGCGCGACCCCAUGAGGGCCUGGGUGGGACGCGAGCACCGCCGGUUCGUGCGGACCCUGCAGGAGCUGGGGGCCCGCCUGUCCAACACCCUGCACUUCGAGGACGAGCCGCCCUCCAUCGACAACCACUUCCGGGUCAUCCAGACCUUCUGACCGGGGAGGAGCGCCCGGGGGACUCGAGACCCUCUCUCUGGGGCGUUAAUGUUGGUCCGCCGGUCCGGUCUGAGGUUCGGGGCGGAGUCUUAAUUUUAAAGGCCGUCGUAUAGGAAGGGGAGGAGAUUGAUUGACAGGCCAUGCAUGAGAAUCAGGUGCAGACCCCAAUUGAUAGCAACAAAAAAAAACCCAUCAGAGCCGAUCAAAAUCGGGUUCGUCAGAAGACGGCUUGUGCAGCUUGUUGCGCCUUAAAAAUGAGUUGCUGUUUUUUUGUCCCCUGCUCAUGUCUCAGUUUUACUUUAUGGCACCAUUGGGCUUCCGUACGCUGCCGCCAAGGAAGUGAAGUAGUGCGUUUAACCUGUAGCUUUCAUAAGUGGGAAUUCCUCACAUCAGCAGCCCAAGCACCUCAUCCUCCAAUCAGAGCCGUGCCGCUGCUUUAUCAAAGGAGCCCUGCAACACACACACACACUCACACGCACGCACACACACACGCACGCACAUACAGACGUGCACACGCAUAUAUACCUACAUUACAUUAACGCAAAUGGCAAAGCUCUCCAUGAAUAUAAUUUUCAUGAUUUGAUACCCUUAUCAAGGCAGACCGUACCUCAACGAGCUUAGCUUCCAUUCACAUAUCGGUUCGUUGUUCCGGAUACUUGCAGGAAGCGUUGGGGUGAAGUGCCUCGUUUAAGGUUUACAGCAGGGGUGUAAGCUUCUCCUGUCCUCCUCAGAGUCUGGACUCGGCAGUGCUCUGCCCUCUCCCGGUCUCAAACUCCCAAAAAACCUAACCUCUUUACAGCACUUUAAAUUCAAAUUGUUCUCAUGUUGUAUUUAUUUGUUCCUCCGUCCAUUUGAGAUCGUGCCUGCCAGCGUCAGCUCUUCCCACCACCCCCUGAAGUCGCAGGAGUACUGCACUGUCACACUACCCCGCUUUCGCAGCUGAUGCAGGCAGACUGCAGGCACCAUCAUGGCCAGGAGGGGUCACUGUUGCACAGAGUGCUUCCCAUCAACUGCUGCUUUCCCUCCAUGGGCAGGUAAUGCAAUGUCCAGCAUUUCCGUAGAAGUCUGGCUGUUGUUAGCACUGCCAUGCUUAGCAUUCAGUUCUGAUCCAUGGGGAUCCAUUGUUAUACAGAGGACUUGUGCAUUAGGGUGAAUACCACAUGGAAAAACCCCACAUACAUCUUUCAUACUGACUGAAAGCCAUACCUGCUGUGUUUGAAAUUGAGAUCCACAUGUUAUAUUACCUUGGUGGUGCAAGGUAAAACAUAAAAAAAAAAAAAGGGAUUCUCAAAAAUUAUUUUCUUUUUGAGUUUAUUUUCCAUUUUGUGUUAGAUAAGUUACUGUUAAGCACAAACUUGUUUUUUUAAAAUGUCGUAUGCAGGAAGUAGGACGAUGCACUAGGUCCGUUGUUGCUCAGUGUGUAAGUUAAGCCAUUGUAGAGGAGAUGCGUUGAAUGUAGUUUUUUUUUGCUUCGUGUCCAUUCCGUUGUUGAGGCUGAAAAUGCUCUUCUAGAAUAUUCCGCAGGUGGCAUUUAGAAAGCUCCUUAAAAAAAGGUCUUAAAGCAUUGCAUAGCCAUGCUGAAUGGUCCAACCAUUUAUUUUAGAAAUGCUUUAAGAGGAUUUCUGUUUUCUUAGUGGUAUUUUUUUGAAGGCAUUGUUGGUUUUUGUUAAAGGCUUGUAUGCAGUUUUUUGUUAUUUGUUCUUCUGAGGGGUUGAAAGUUGGGCAAACCCGAAUAGCGGGUUGAAAAAUUUAGUAAAAUCGAUAAUGAACAAAAGAUGUAAGUGAAUGUAACGAGUUUAAAGUCAUAACGAGAACAUAAAACAAAUGCAAAAUAAACAUUUUGGAGCCCAGCUGUAUAGUGUGAUGAGUGACUCUAACCAUACUAACAUACUCCGAUCAUGGUUCUCUGCAGAGUGCGUCUGUAAUAAUAACACAAUAAAACACAGCCAAUUGGACAGCUCUCACAUGUACAGCUGCAGGUCUUAAAAUGUGAAGAAAAACGCACCCCUCACUUCCUGUUCCUAUUUUGAGAUGAGAUGUGCAUCGGUGCAGGAACUGAACCUGCAAAACCAUGAACUAAAUAAAAACUCAUGCUUCAA